UUGUGCGCCACAAUUCAAGCCAAGCGGUCGACGCAGCCGUCAGCCAACGUAAAGAGACAAAGCGCAACACAAGAAGAGGGCGAAGAAGCAGCAGCAGCAGCAACAGUCGCAAGAAAGAAAAGCAUAAAAUCAAAAACCAAAAAGAAAAAGCAGUAACGAAAAAACCACCGCUGACAGAAAUCGAAGUACAAUUAAAUGCAUACAACUCCGCCCGUCGAACAACAAAUUCGAAGUUUCAAAUUCGAAAACGAAAACGAAAACGCGCAAGCAAACGUAACAAGCGCAAACGUAAGCGGGAACGCGACCAUUAACGUUAACGUCAAUGCAAGCGAGUUCAAGAGCGUCGCGCAUACGCCGUGAGUGAAGCCAACGAACGAAAGAAAACGAGAAAACAAAAGAAAACAAAUCGAAGAAAACAAUUUCAAAGAAAAUUUCAUAAAUUUCAGGGCGCACGUGUGGCACGUGUCGCUGGUUAUUUUCAUUUGCCAUCGUAAAUAACUUUCGACUCUUUUUUUUUUUUUUUGGCUAAAAAUCAAAACAAAGUUUUUAUUUUUGUUAAAGUUGUUUGUUUGUUUUUUUUUUUUUUACCUAACUGUUUCUGUUCGUAUCAUGUUGAUGAACGGGCGCCUUUUGCUCGGCGUUCUCAUACUAAUUGCCAGCAGCAUAGCGGAUACACAAGCCACAGUAAAUAAUGGAACGAGUUUCUUGGAAACAUCGUUGAGAUAUUUGGAUGAACAGCUGCUCUACGAUCUAUUGCCACGUGGCACGUGCCCUGGAGAUGUGGAAGAUGCGCCGCUCGAUGAGUUCCCCGAUAUAUUUACAGUGGAAGAGCUGCGCCAGGGCUGGGUAGCACUGCACGUCUUCGCUGCGAUCUAUUUCUUCAUAUUGCUGGCCAUCAUAUGCAACGAUUAUUUUCUGCCCACCGUCGAGUGCAUUUGCGAGGAUCUCAAUCUGUCCAAGGAUGUGGCGGCGGCGACGUUUAUGGCCACGGCCACAUCGAUGCCGGAGUUCUUUACGAACACGAUAUCCACGCUGAUAUUGGAGUCUGAUAUGGGUCUGGGCACCAUCAUUGGCUCACUGAUGUUCAACACGCUCGGCGUGGCUGGCCUUGCAGCUUUGGCCAUAAGCAAGCCGGUUCAACUGGAUUGGUGGCCCAUAGCUCGGGAUUGCGUCAUCUAUCUGUUCAAUACGAUCGUUUUGCUGGUACUCGCUUGGGGCGGCAGCAUAAGCUUUGUUGAAUCCUGCGUCAUGAUGGGUUUUCUGCUACUCUACUAUUUGAUUACGUUCAACAACAAUAAGUUUAUGCCGGCCAUACGUGUCUUUAUCGAGGAUCGCAUGAACUGCUGUUUCUCCACACGCUACGAUCUCACAGAGCCGCCAGAGAACAGUGCUAAAGCGCAACUGCCUUUGAAGAAGGAUCCACUUUCGGGCGAUGGUCUAUUUGUGAUCAAUUUUCCGGAGAAUACCUCAUCCAUGUCAUCUACAGCCAACUUGACACACUCCAAGCAUUGGAAUGGCGAGGAUGAAGACGAUCAAAUGCCGGCAAGCAUUUUUGCGUAUCCACACAGUGAAACGGGUUUCAUGAAAUUCUGGUGGGUCUUCACGUUCCCAAUUAAGCUGGUGCUGCGCGUCUGCAUACCACAUCCAAUCAGACAUCGUCGUCUCUAUCCGUUGUCCUUCAUCAUGUGCAUCAUUUGCAUUGGCGCCAAUGCCUAUUUGAUUGUCUGGAUGUUGACGGCAUUUGGUGUGGCAAUACGUGUGCCCACAAUUGUGAUGGGUCUCACAUUCCUCGCCGCCGGCUCCACAAUGCCCGAAGCAGUUUCUAGCCUCAUAUCGCUGCGAAAUGGUGAAAAUGGCAUCGGUGUCUCGAAUUCGCUCGGCGCCAAUUCACUAGCCAUUUUGCUGUCGCUGGGCGUGCCUUGGUUUGUGAAGAACUGCAUGAACUAUGGCACCGGCAUCAAACAGCAGGUGGGCACCCAGGGCAUCGAGUAUAAUAUUCUGAUCCUGAUAUUGUGCACCAUUGGCCUGUUCAUCGUACUCAGCUGCAGCGGCUAUCGGCUAACGAAGCGCGUUGGCAUCGCUCUAUUUACCGUUUAUACAGUAUUUAUAGUGCUGCAGAUAUUGAUCGAGAUGCACGUGCUCUUCCCAUUGGAUUGCACUAGCUAGUCAGAGCAACAACAAAGGCAACAAUAACAGCAGCCAUACCCAUUCCAGUUCUAGUUGGAGUUGCAUGCAUACAAGCUUUUGGCUGGCACCAGAGCUAGUUGGAUACGAUUUCGAUUUGUCUCUAUUCUAAUUGGAUUUCUGUAAAUACAAGUUGGAAAGUUUGGAAGCUGUCUGACCAUUGGCUGGUUAAAUGUUGUCAGAGUUGCCACCCAAGUAAAAACGAUCAACGAAGGAACUUUCGAUACUUCAGCCUAAACACAAUUAUUUACGAACGUAGAGAUUUAGACAUAGACGCUUGUAUUAUAACACUUUUUUUUUUGUGCUUUACUAGCUUAGGUACUCCUUAAGACUGUCUACUAUUUAGGUAAAAAUAAUUCAUUGUUACGUACUUAUCCUGUUGUACACUAUUUAUAUAUACAGAGAAAAACAAAAAUAUCCCUAUUUUAUAGUCACAAAUUUUGAACUGGUACCAAAAAGCGCUAGAUUCGAUAGAGACCAAAUGCUAUAUAGAUACUAAAUAUAUAUGUCUAAGCUAUAAUUUACGAUUACGUAAGUGCCCUGCGAUAUUUAUGGCCAAUCAUCGGCUGGACUUUCCUUAACACACACAACUGUUGUAUGUUGUAGGGUAUUAUCACUGUUGAUAUUCUAGAAUGUGUAGACUCUAUCUAUUGUUAACCGUUAGUUACACACACACACACACACAUG